UCAAACCUUAAGGAAAAGGAGACUAUCGCAAAAAUGCCAUAUAUACGUCUUUAUCUUACUUUUGGAAACAAACCCCUAAAACUUCGUUGUUCGGGAAUCUCCGACAGUGUUCUGUGAAUGUGCAAUUUUAUAUAGAAACCAGAUGUUGGCGUUUGGCAGCGGAGUCCAGCAGUCGCGUUGCUGAGUCGCCGUUUCCAGCGUGGCCUACCCCAGCUUCCAGCUGAGCACCAGAGGGAGUACUCGACAGCAUGCUCUAAAGGGGCCUGACGGGGGAGGCCCUGUUCCUCAAAUACAAUCCUUCAGCAACAACUCAACAAAGCACAGGCAGAAUGGGAAGACGGCCUGGCAAUAUGGGGCCGGACAAGGAAAGACACGUGCAUCAGUGAAUGCCGGGCACGAAACACAGAUCCAGAGUGCUUCCCGGGGCUGCGUUAAGAUGAUGACAAAAAUAUAAGCGGCUAAUCGUCACAGUUCUCUGGUGAGGAGAGAAUAAAUCUUGGAUGGGAAAAAAAUAGCGCGGGUUAUAUAAAAGGGGAAAGUCGAAGCGUGAUCUUCACCCAGACACCAUGAGGAGGUUCCACCUCAAAGGGGACCUACUGUGCACCUUCCUCCUCCUAGUCCUGCUCUGCCUGCUUCUGUACGCCCACCAUGCCAUCACACCCAACUGGGACACCUGGCGACUUGAUGAAAAGGCCACCAGCUCCCGGGCUCUCUUGGGGGCAGUAACCGGGAGCCAGGAGGUGAGACUGGCCCCUACCCAGGCCCCGGAUCGACCCACCAACCAGGCUCUCUUCCAGUUCCAUUUUCAGUCCCAUUCCCAGUCCCGGUCCCAGCGCAAGCCCCAGCCCAGAUUCCAGCCUAAAUCUCAACCUAAGCUUCAGCCUAAACCGCAGAUUAAGGUCCAGGCUAAAGUCCAGGCUAAAACCCCGGCAAAGUCCCAGGCUAAGCCUCAGUCUAAACCCCAGGCCCAGGCUAAGUCCAAGGGUGCCGAGAAGGUCGAACAGCCACCGCCAGCCAUGGUAACCCGCGCACCCUUUGACUUCCAACAGUAUCUGCUUGAGAAAGACAACCGGGACUUCACCCUACUGAUAGACCAGCCGUCGAAAUGUGUGGAGAAGAAUGGGGAGCCCCCUUACCUUCUCAUUGCCAUCAAGUCGGUCGCGGCUGAUUUCCAUAAGCGGCAGGUAGUCCGCCGCACCUGGGGCCGGGAGGGCAUGUUCCCUGGCGGGGUGCAGGUGGAGACGGUCUUCCUGUUGGGCGUGCCCCACAACAAGAGCGCUCUCCCACUGUGGGAUCGUCUGCUGGCUUACGAGAGCCGCACCUUCCAAGACAUCCUUCUGUGGGACUUUGAGGACACUUUCUUCAACCUGACCCUGAAAGAGACCCACUUCCUCAAGUGGGUGAAUACCACCUGCCCUGAAGUCAAGUUCAUCUUCAAGGGCGACGCGGACGUCUACGUCAACAUCGACAAUAUCCUGGAGAUGCUGCGUGAACAGAAUGCCAGUGGGGACCUCUUUGUGGGAGACAUCAUCUUCCACGCGCGGCCCAUUCGCCGUCGCAACAGCAAGUACUUUGUUCCUGAGAUUGUGUACGGCCAGGGGAUAUACCCGUCGUACGCGGGCGGCGGUGGGUUCGUCAUGUCCGGGUUCACGGCUCGGCGGCUCCACAGGGCCUGCCAGGAGGUGGAGAUCUUCCCCAUCGACGACGUCUUUCUGGGAAUGUGCCUUCUGCGGAUUGGCCUGGAGCCGUCCCGUCACGAGGGCUUCCGCACGUUCGGCAUCGUCAAGCCCUCGGCCGCGCCCAACCUGCAGGUCUUUGACCCCUGCUUCUACCGGGAGCUGAUGGUGGUGCACAGCCUGACCGUUCCUCAGAUCUGGCUCAUGUGGAAUCUGCUACACGACCCCCAGUUGACCUGCCACAACCGGAUCGUCCCCACCGCAGCGCCCUUCAAGUGGAGGGGGAAGGUUAGCCCCCCACCCAACGUGCAGCGCACGACACCCCAACCUCCACAGGAAGCCGACUACGGAGUAGAGGUGUUUGUGAACCAUUGAACGCCAAGGACGCGGAUCUCAAACUCCUGAAGGGCUGCAGUAUCUUUAUUCACGACUUUUAUGAUUUCUUUGUAAUGAACUACCAAUUUAGGAUACAAGGUGUGUGGACUCUGCAUUGGCUCUACAAGAUUUGGGUUUAGGAUCCUUACCAUUUGAGACAGAGUGGAGCUGAUUGAGGGCCAGUUUGUAUUAGUUUUUUUGUUGUCCACUUCAUAGAAAUCUCAGACACUUUAUGAGGUAGUGAUAUUAGAAGUUGAGUUUGCAGCUGCAUACAGAUAGCUCUUGUAAUUUCUUUAAAAUUAUUUAUCGUGUCCUACUGGCUGAUAUUUUUUAUAUCCUGCCUGAUCACUGAAGUUGAUGGUGAACCCUUUACCUGAAAAUGGAUGAAUCUAAGAAAAUAAGCUGUGAUUGAAUACCCCUCCCCCCAACACCAUAUAUUUUCAGAAUUCAGAACCGUUUCCUUAAAUUGACGUUUAAUCUUUGUGGAAUUGUUUUUGCUGGCAAUAAUGAUUUCUGUACUUGGUGAAGGGGUUUAUUGAAACUGCAACAUUAAUACUGGUGGAGUAUGUGCACUAAUUCAGAGAGCAUCCUGCAAAACAUUAUGUGAACAGUGGCAUUACUAAGUGGCAUCAAGAUCUCCUGGGUGAGGCCACAAACUCUUGGGAGCCACAUUCAUACUGGUAACACCGAAUCUGCCAUUUUUGCAAGCUUCUAUCGAAUUCAACAAGAGGCUACACUAGCUGUCCCACAGCCAUUAAAGAUAUCUUCCUCUCUGCCAAGUCUUGCAGACAUCUAAAAUUUGGGGGAAAAGUGAUUCACCCAUUACCAGAAGUGCCCAACGGAUUCCACUGUUCUGAGAGGACUAGAUGGAAGCGUUUCCAUGAGGCAUGGAGAAAUUUGCCGUUAAGAACGGAAAUCAGGUUCUUACCAUUGUGAAUGUAGUGACAUCGCACAGAUUCCAGCUGUUAGCUUCACGCACCUAAAGAUUAGUUUUGAAAAUGAGCAACACUGUAGAAGACAAUCACCAAGGAAUGAAGGACUGCUGGAUUUUCAUCUGAACAAACCAAACUGGUGUGCGUGUACCUUUUUUUUCGUUUAUCAAAAGAAAUCUGCUGUUGUAGAAUUUUUAUUAUUAACAUGGAACAUGUAACUGACUUUUCUCCACCACAUACUGUAGUUAGAUGUCAUUAAUAUCAGACACAAUCAAUGGCCAAAAAAGGAGUAAACACUGAAACUGUUCAUGA